GGUCAGGGUCGUCCGGCCCCAAAGGCAGCUAAACCGCUGCGGAGGGACCGCGGGAAGAGGAGCCCCACGACCACGUCGAGGCGCACACUCAACGCCGGGGGGCGCUCUUCCCCGCUGGCGUAGCUCUGCGCCCGCGCGCUCCGCCCCUCUGCGCCCUAGAAGAACCACAAGACACGCGGACUCACGGGGCAACCUACGCCAAGCCUCCUCUUUCUGGCCACACGGGUCUAAGGUUCUCCUGGCCGGUUCGCUCCUCCGGGCGCCGGACCGGCGGGAGGAGGUAGAGAGUUUGGAGCCCGAGCCUCACCGGAGGCGGUACAGCCUCCGGGUCAGCGCCGCGCUGUGCGCACCAAGCUUCGGGACAAUGGGACCGCGGCAGCUGCUGCUUGUUGCCGCGGGACUGAGUCUGUGCAGCCCGUUGCUGUCGGCCGAGACUCGUGGCCGCCAUCCAGAGUUACAAACAAGAAAUGAUUCUGUGGAUCCCCGGACAUUUUUUCUCAGGAAUUCCAACAGUGUAUUCGAACCUAUCCCUUUGGAGGACUACGAGGAGAGAAAUGAAAGCGAGUUCCGUGGAGACAGAGUCAGCCCGGUCGAUCACGGCAGUCCUCUUCGAAAACCCCCCUCUGUGUUCAUCUCGAAAGACGCCUCCGCGUAUCUGACCAGCUCCUGGCUGACUUUCUUUAUCCCCUCCGUCUACACUGGCGUGUGCGUCCUCAGCCUUCCUCUGAACGUCAUGGCCAUCGUGGUGUUCAUCUUGAAGAUGAAGAUCAAGAAGCCAGCCGUGGUGUACAUGUUACACCUGGCCACGGCAGAUGUGCUCUUCGUGUCCGUGCUCCCAUUUAAGAUCAGCUAUUACUUUUCCGGAAGUGACUGGAGGUUUGGGUCUGAAAUGUGUCGCUUCGUCACUGCCGCGUUUUACUGUAACAUGUAUGCAUCCGUCAUGCUCAUGACGGCCAUCAGCAUUGACCGCUUUCUGGCUGUGGUGUAUCCCAUGCAGUCCCUCUCCUGGCGCACGAUGGGGAGGGCGUCCUUCGCGUGUCUGGUCAUCUGGGCCAUGGCCAUCGUGGGGGUGGUGCCCCUUCUCCUCAAGGAACAGACCGUCCAGGUGCCGGGCCUCAACAUAACCACCUGCCACGACGUGCUCAAUGAAACCCUGCUCGAAGGCUAUUAUGCCUAUUACUUCUCAGCCUUCUCUGCUAUCUUCUUUUUUGUGCCGUUGGUCAUUUCCACAGUUUGUUACGUGUCCAUCAUUCAGUGUCUUAGCUCUUCCACAGUCGCCAACCGGAGCAAGAAGUCCCGGGCUUUGUUCUUGUCUGCCGCCGUUUUCUGCAUCUUCAUCAUAUGCUUUGGACCCACAAACGUCCUCCUGAUUAUGCAUUACACGUCCCUUUUCCAUAAUCCCGCCACAGAGGCCACCUACUUUGCCUACCUCCUCUGUGUCUGUGUCAGCAGCAUAAGCUGUUGCAUUGACCCCUUGAUUUACUACUAUGCUUCCUCCGAGUGCCAGAGAUACCUCCGCAGUAUCUUAUGCUGCAAAGAGAGUUCCGAUCCCAGCAGUUACAACAGCAGUGGUCAGUUGAUGGCAAGUAAAAUGGAUACAUGCUCUACUCACCUGAAUAACAGCAUAUACAAAAAGCUGUUAGCUUAGGAAAGGGACUGCUGGAGGCUUGCAAAAGGAAGGUUGAAAACAGCGCAGAACCUGAGGAUUCUAUUAGUCCUUGCCAAGAAGUAUUUACUUUACCAUCUUAAACAACAAAUGUAUAAUUUGCAUGUUGCCCCCUUAGGAGAGCCAGUAAGGGUAUAGAUUUAUUAGUUACAGAAGAAGAUAACAUGAACAGAAAACUAGGUUAUUCCAUGACAGUAGUGCCAGUGCUACCAUAAUAACUGAAUGUCACUUUCUGAUGUGUUUCGGUGACCUACACGUAUGUGUGUGUGUCUGUGUACAUCACAUGUUGUAUCAGUUGCAAUGCAGCCUAGAAUGGACACUUUGAAACUCUCUUCUUUCACCAGGAGAUUAUGAAAAUAAACUCUGAUUCUCUGAUUUAAUAUGCAAAGUUUAGAUCAGUGGAGUUUAGCCCCAAAUAUCUGAAGAUAUCCAUCAACAGGGAGGGAUAUUGUAGUUUGUACCUACACAGCUUUUGCAAAUAAGUUUAUUUUGAAAUUGUUCAACAGCUUUAAGUUAUUGAGAGAUAAUAUUAUCUGUGUGUAGAAAAAGUCCUACUGUUUUUCAUUUUAAACAUAUCAAAGUUUGAGUUCUUUACUAUGGAAACAUGGGUAGAAUUUUUGAUUUUUAUGUGCUGUGUAUGUAAACCAACAAUGAGCAGCCCUCUACUAGCGACAAGAGGUCGGCCUUCAAAGUGACCUGCCCCUGAUGGGGACUCCACUCUGUGCAUACAAGGCAGUGGUGAGGGGCGGCCCAGACCCUCCAGGUGAUCUAGAGAGCACAAGGACUGGGACCACCGAACUGCUGUGUCUCCUGGGCUCCCCUCUGUGGUUGGCAUUGAACGGAUCAUGUUUACUGGAAAUUGGCAGAGUAGGAUGUGCUAUCCCAGGAGAUAAUGAACAUGAAAGACUUCUCUGCCCGUGCAUUUUAAGAACAGAGACCGAAGGCAUAUUCACUUUCGGCAGUUACCUCGCAAGGUCCACUGUCAGGUAGAGACGCCCGUGACGCAAACACGAACACCCAGUUUUGUACCCCGGGCACUCUGAUGGGUGCUGGGCAAUAGAGUUGAAUCAGACUGGCACCUGCCCUGGAGAAGAACAGAGGACAGCCACACAUGGACUGUGACAUGCACUACGUGUCUAAUAAGUAUGCACUACAUGUCUAAUAAGUAUGUCAUUAUAUAAAGCAGUGUCUUAACCAGAUGCUACCAAACAGGUUUCACGCAGCCUGUCUGUUGAGAAACUUUGAGCAUUUGCAUUACUAUUUCCUGUGGUUAUGACUUCAGAUGAAACCCCAAUACAAUACAGGAAAUAUAUUUUUAUAAAUAAGUCCUUCCAACUACAUCAAUUGGACACUAUACUUACAAAUGUUUUCAAUAAAUUACCCAAACCAGGUUUUUAAAAGUGAACUAAUUAUGUCAGUCUGAUUAGAAAUAACAAUAAAAUUAAAUUGACUUUGUAUUCUAGCAAAAUUAUUCUCUAUCUUACAUUCACUUUUCUUAAUAACUAAUGAGAUGAUUUUAAAAGCGUUCUCUUAACACUGUGAUGAGUAUAAAGUACAGAAAGUCCUCAGGGAUUUGACCAAAAAAAUUGAAAAUUACGUUGAAAUGUAUCUUUUUUCCAUAGGAAAAAAGCUAGCAUCGUAAACAAAAAACAACAACAACAAAGUUUCAAGGCAAGUGCUUGCCUAUUUAAAACAGCAAACUAUUUCCAAAUACCCUAGAAUGACAUUAAGGUGUGUGUUAUAAGUGGAAGCUAACAUGGAUUUUUAUUAAUUUGGUUAUAUUCAUUUUAUCCAACUCAGUGGAAAUUUGCUGUCAUUGUUUAUUCAGUCUGUAUAUAUAUUGAAAUACCUCUGACUUAAUAUGACCAUUAUUCCUGUAUUAACAAUCUGUACUUAUAAAAUAUUAUGUCCCCGUGUUUAUGUUAUCCCCUUUUUUGAUGUGUGUAACCUAUAGUAAUAAACAUGAAAGUUUGCUUGGUA